CCUUCUUCACAUCGCUCGAUAAUCUCCACAUGGUUAACAAUUUAGAUCUCGUCAAGAAUCAGAAAUUGUACAAUGAUCUCAUUACAUAUGAAAUAAGCACCGGACGUUCUAUGAUAGACCACAUUUUCAUACACUCUUCAUUAAUUCCUGACCUUAUAGACCAGACAGUAGAAAAGGUCGACAAAGAUUUAUCAGAUCAUGCCAUUGUAGUAGCAACUCUCUUCUCAACAACUAUUAAACCAUCCUUUACUCAACAUACUGCAAUGAAAAAGCUAGUCUUUCGAUACGACGAAAUGUCCAAAGAC